ACACCACUCUCUCUCUACUGACAACACACACUCAAACACCCACUUAGAGAGAGAAAGAGAGAAAGAGAGAAAGAGAGAAAGAAAUGUCAUCAGCAAUGGCUGCAGGUGCUUCUUCAUCAUGCACAGCUGCUGCAUUCAGCACAAACAUCUCUGCCAAAAAAAAUUCAACUUACUUAACUCCUCAGUUUCAGAAAACCAGUUUUCAGGGGCUGUCUAUUCAAGAUGCUAAAAGGGUUGUCUUCAAUUCAUUGGUUAGUGAGAGAAUAAUUAUUAACAGUAAUGUAAAAAGUGUAAGAGAAAGAGGGUUUGAGAUCACAGCAAGAGCUGGCACUGCUAAGAAUAUUGAGGUUGAAGUUGAUAAGCCUUUGGGCUUGACUUUGGGUCAAAAGCAAGGUGGUGGUGUGCUCAUCACUGGUGUGGAAAAUGGUGGGAAUGCUGCAAGAGCAGGACUUAAGGCUGGGGACCAAGUAAUUUACACAAGCAGCUUCUUUGGAGAUGAACUUUGGCCAGCUGAUAAGCUUGGAUUUACGAAAACUGCCAUUAAUGCUAAGCCCGACUCCGUCUACUUUGUCGUUAGCAGGGGUGCAGAAGUGGAUGUCAAAAGGCUACCUAAGCGUCCAGCUCCUCCCGCCUUUGGGAGAAAAUUAUCCGACGCUCAGAAGGCACGUGCUACUCACAUAUGCCUCGACUGUGGAUACAUAUACACCCUGUCAAAGUCCUUCGAUGACCUGGCGGACGAGUAUGCAUGCCCGCAGUGUAGAGCACCAAAGAAGAGGUUUGCAAGAUAUGAUGUGAACACAGGGAAGGCUAUUGGAGGAGGGCUGCCUCCUAUUGGUGUAAUUAUUGGCCUUGUUGCUGGUCUUGCUGGUGUUGGAGCUUUGUUACUCUAUGGACUUCAAUAAUUAUAUUCCAAACACAAAAAAAUAUAUCCUGCUAUGAUUUUUUUCCCUCCCAGCAUUAUCCAAAAUAUGUGUAUCUGUAACACUUGAUCAUUAUAUUUCUUAAAAAACUUGGUUGCUACUCGCUCCAUUUUAGUGAAUGGACAAAGAUUCGCGAUCGAUUAA